AUGUUGGUGCUUUCAAAUAUACUCCGUCCCAGCCAUCCUCAGAAUCAGAUCGUACCCAGAGAAUUGAACGCUUUGUCGAUAGAAAAAAGUGGUGCGCAAAUGGAAAAAUCGAAAAUAGAGUCACAAAAUUCGUUAUGUAUAAAACAGCGAACAAAAACACGUGAAAACAUCAAUAUAGGCUGUCAAGUGGAAGAUGCCAAGGAUGCAAAAACGUCGAGACGAGACAAUCGUCUUUCAAAUAGUGUCGAUGCUAUAGUCAUGCAUAAUGAUACCAAAAGUAAAGUGAUAUGUAGUGCCAAAGGUUUACUAGAAACUAAUCUAGACGAUUUAUUUAACGACGUACAAAAACUUGACGGAUGGAAUGUGGAACCAAAGAAUUUAGGUGCCAGUGAACCGACAUUAAGUUUUAGUAAAAAUGAUUCUAAACCUACCAAACGUGAAUCUCUCGUGUCAGACGAUGACACCGAUGAUGAUACAGCGAGUGAUAGUGAUUGUACGGAUGAAGUGGUUCGGGAGCAGAGGAUAUGUAUGGGAGCUCGACGCAUCGGGCACUUACUGCGGAGGGUCAUUUCCAGAAAUGGUAAGAACCAACAAAUAACUUCAAACCAAUAA